AUGGAAGAAGUGAAUUUGAGUUACAAAGAAGUAGUAGAAAAAAUUAAAAAUAAACAAAUUAACAAUAUUUUGUUUUUAACUGGAGCUGGGAUAAGUACAUCGUCAGGAAUUCCUGAUUUUAGGUCCCCAAAUGGACUUUAUUCGAAGGUUUAAAAAUACAAACUUGAAUAUCCAGAAUAAAUAUUUGAGAUAAAGUAUUUUACAAAGAAUCAGAUGCCAUUUUAUGAGAUGGAUAAAGAAUUCUUUUCGAAUAAACCACAUUUUACAUCAGCUCACUACUUUAUGGCAGAGGUUAAUAGGAGAGAAUAGCUGCUCUUUGUUUUUUCUUAGAAUGUUGAUGGAUUAGAGCUUGAAGCUGGAUUACCUCCUGAGAAGCUCUGCUAAGUUCAUGGCAAUUACAGAGGAGCUAGAUGCCAAAAAUGUGGAUUUAAACAUGAUAUUAAUAAAUAUAAGGAAUUUGUUUAAAAAUAAGUUAUUUAUAAGUGCGAGAAUUGCAAGAGAGGUCCUGUUAGGCCUAAUGUUGUAUUUUUUGGAGAGAGUCUUGAUAAGGGUUUUACGAAAAAUACUUAUAAAAUAGCCGCUGCUGACUGUGUAUUCAUUAUGGGCACUUCAAUGUAAGUUGCUCCUUUUAAUUUAACUGUAGAAAAAAUAUCUAAAAAUGUUCCAGUAAUUGUGAUAAAUAGAGACAUGGUUUAUUUACCUUACAAGAAAUAUAUUCAUCUUAAAAAUGAUAUUGAUGAUAAUAUCGAAAAGCUCAUGACAGAUUUGGGUUGGGAUUUCCCAAAGAUAGAAAGAAAUUAUCCUUCAAAUUGGUUUACUGACCCACAAAAGUAAGAAGAAACAAAAAUUGAAGAAACUGAGCAUGAAAAUUUUAGUUAUAGCUCUGGUUAUUAUAAUAAUAAUAUAACUCAUCUAUAAGAUAAUUAAGAAGAUAAAGAAGCUACAGAAAAAAAUGAAGAUUAGGAAGAGUUAAACAACCUAGAAAAAAAAUUCGAAGAUUUGGAUGUGUGA